AUGGCAAGUACUGGCGAAUGGAUUACUGUGGAUCUGGAACCGGCCACUCUGUUGUCGGUGAAGAAGGAAAAUGGUAUAGAAACCCGGGUGUACAUAGCCCCCUGUUCGGAGCCGAAGAUUCAGGAGCCUCUCGUGAAGCAAAAGCCUCUGUAUAUUCCCGACAAAAACACGCUGCUUUUCCACUGUCCGUAUUGUGGCAAUGGAAUUCGCACGGCCGGUGCCUUCAAGGUCCACAUGCUGGCUUGCGAGAGGCGCUACAAAAAAAUGAAGGAGGACGGGAUUGUGAUGCCGCCGCUGCAGUGCAGCCUUUGCCAGGAGACCUUCCCCACCGUGGCGGCCUUGAGGGACCACAGGGUCCUUCACGGAACCAAACGAAUUUGCGAGUCCUGCCAUGCGGAGUACGAGACGGAGGUGGAAUAUCGAACUCAUUUGACGAGUUAUCUGAAGACCCCAAAACGCAAGCAGGACUCCCCCAAGGAUGGCCCUUCCAACGUCUCCAAGUUCUUUAAUUGCCUCUUCUGCCGGAACGAGUUUGUGGCCCAUUUUCAACCCGGUAAGGUGACCCGUCGCUAUGCCUGCGACAAUUGUGUCCAGCGGCUGAGGAGCCAGGAGGUCGACAAAGGGAGCGAUGUGCCUCCCAAGAGAAAGGCCGAAUUUAUCUGCUAUCGUUGUGGCCGGAUGUACAAACUCGAGGGCUUCCUAAGCCGUCAUUUACAAGUGUGUCAGGGAAACAUUCCCAAAAAGAAGCGCCAAUGA